AUGGAGAUGAUUGUUGAUGAUGAAGAUAACAUUAAUAAUAAUAAUAAUAUAUUUAAUGAAAUUGAUGAUGAAGAUUGGAUAUUAGAAAAACCGAUAUCUGUUUUGGCUUUGGAUCCAGCUGAUCGACGUGUUUUAAAAGUAGCUGAUCAACGUGAUGCAGUACAAAAGAAAACAUUUACUAAAUGGAUUAAUUUUCAUUUAUCAAAACGUGAAGGAUUACAUGUUGAUGAUUUAUUUUUUGAUUUAAGAGAUGGACUUAUACUUAUUUCAUUAUUAGAAAUAUUUACAAAUCAAACAAUUCCACGUGAACGAGGUACUUCGAAAUUUCAUGCUUUACAAAAUAUUGAACAGUGUCUUCGAUGUCUCGAACAAAAUCAUAAUAUUCGUUUGGUUAAUAUUCGUCCGGAAGAAUUAGUUAAUGGAAAUCCUAAAUUAACAUUAGGUCUUAUUUGGCGUAUUAUCCUUCAUUUUCAAUUUUCUGAUAUAACAAUACCAUCAUCUGAAGAAAACAUUCCAAUAAAUGUUAAACAACCAAUAGCACCUAUUCCAACAACUGAAUCACCUUCAUCUAUUGAUAUAAAACCCGUAAAAAUUUCUUCGACAACAGAACGAAAAUCAUCAGUUGAUCAGAUAUCAUCAAAUUAUCGAAAUAUGUUAUUAAUAUGGGCUCGUCAACAGUGUCAAGGUUAUCCAGGAAUUUAUAUUGAUGAUUUUACACGUUCAUGGCGUAAUGGACGAGCAUUUCUUGCCAUACUUCAUCGACAUAAUCCACAAUUAAUCGAUAUAAAAGAAGCCUAUCGUAAUUCUAAUCGAGAAAAUUUAGUAACAGCUUUUGACUUUGCACAAAAACAUUAUGGUAUUAUGCAAUUAAUAGAUCCUGAAGAUGUUGACACCGAUGAACCUGAUGAAAAAAGUAUUUUAUUAUAUAUCGCACAUUUAUAUAAAGUUUGCUCAAGUUUACCUACUCAUCCAUUUCAACAAGAACAUGAUCGAAUUCAUCUUGAAAGUGAAUUGUCAUAUGAAUAUACAAAUUUAGCUACAGAUCUUCUCAAAUGGAUAAAAACAAAAUUAGAUUUUUUAAAUCGUGAAAUUAAAUUUAAAAGUAUAGAUGAAAUUGAAACAUAUCGAAGUGUUUUACAAGCCAUAAGACAAGAUGAAAUAAGUCAAUAUAAUAAAGUGUUACAUCGUAUGAGAUCAAUUGAUGCUGAAUUUGAAACUUUACAAUUAAGUGAAACAUUAGAACCAGAUAUUGAUUCAAUAAAUUUAGCAUGGAAUAAAUUAGAAAUGACAAUUGAUCGUGUUGAAUAUGAUUUACAACAAUUUAUACAACAAUAUGAAAAAUUAAAAGAUAAUAUUAAUAAUGAUUUAGAUUUAAUUGAACGUGAUAUAGCAAAUAUUGAAAGAUUAAUUCAAAUAAAAUCAAAACAAUUAGAAAUUGUUGAUACAAUUAAUCAAUUAAAUCAUAUACAAAUUAAUUUAGAUACUAUUUUAACUAAUUGUCGAACAUUAGCAUUACCUUAUGAACAAAUACGAACUUCUUUUGAAAGAAUUGAUCAAUUAAAUUUACGUAUUGAUAAUCUUCAUAUACAAUUGAGUCCUUCACCACCAUCAUCAACAGCCAUCAAAAUUUCAUCACCAACAACUACACGAAUUCUCGAUCCAUCAUCGGUAACGACAACCGAUGGUCAUCAUCAUGCGUCAAAAAAGCAGGGUCGUUCAAAUCACUCAUCGAAUUUUUUUACAAAUUCACCGACUGGUAUUGAACAACUUGAUGUUAUUGUAACAGGUGAUUAUAGACGAAGUGGUGAUACUCAACAACAAACACGAUCAAAUAUUAUGGUUGUUGACUCAGGACAUUCGAACAACGAGACAAAACCAUUUGUUCUCGUUGAUGAACUUAAUUUAAUUAACAAAAAUUUAAAUACACUUAGUCAAUUACUUCAACAACGUAUGACACGUUUAUUACAAACGGGUCUACCAACAUCACAUGAUGAUCUUCUUCUACUUUAUCAAGAACAUAAGAGAUAA